UCAAAUCCAAACCCUAAAAUGGAAGAAGCCAAAAGCCAAAGUUUGGAGGAAGACUUUGAAGGACAGGCCACACAUACAGGACCCAAAGGAGUAAUAAAUGACUGGAGAAAGUUUAAAUUAGAGAGUGAAGACAGAGAUUCAAUUCCACCUAGCAAGAAGGAGAUUCUCAGACAAAUGUCUUCUCCUCACGAUAGAAAUAACAAAGACUUAAAAGAAAGAUUCAGCAGAAAGAUGAGCAUUCAAGAAUAUGAAUUAAUUCACCGAGACAAAGAAGAUGAAAAUUGUCUUCGUAAAUACCGUCGACAGUGUAUGCAGGAUAUGCACCAGAAGCUGAGUUUUGGGCCUAGAUAUGGGUUUGUGUAUGAGCUGGAAACUGGGGAGCAGUUCCUGGAAACCAUUGGAAAGGAGCAGAAAAUCACCACAAUUGUUGUUCAUAUUUAUGAAGAUGGUAUUAAGGGUUGUGAUGCUCUAAACAGUAGCUUUACAUGCCUUGCAGCUGAAUACCCUAUGGUCAAGUUUUGUAAAAUAAAAGCUUCUAAUACAGGUGCUGGGGAUCGCUUUUCCUCAGAGGUACUCCCCACACUGCUUGUCUACAAAGGUGGGGAACUCAUAAGCAAUUUUAUCAGUGUUACAGAACAAUUUGCUGAAGAAUUUUUUUCUGGGGAUGUGGAGUCUUUCCUAAAUGAAUAUGGAUUACUACCUCAAAGAGAGAAACAUGCCCUAGAUCAGACCAACAUGGAAGAAGAUACUGGAUAA